AUGUGCGCCCUGGUCGCGAUUCUCCUCGUAGCAACUCUGUCGGUGGCAACCGCGGCGCCGUCGGGCUAUUUGGGCCACGGUGCCGCGUUAGCCGGACCGAUUCUAGGACCCGCGGCUCUUACAGGUCCUAUUAAUGGACCGUCCGCACUCGCCGGCCCGGUGGUAGGACCCGCGCGCAUAUCCGGAGCGGUCGAUGGUGGUGCUGUCGUUACUGGUGCUGUAGCUGGACCGUCGGUCGUUUCCGGUAGCGUCGCUGGGCAUACGGCGGUGGUCGGUCCAGCCCUUGGCUAUGCUUCACCAGCCUUGGGAUGGCCAGCUUAUGGAUACGGAGCAGUGCUUGCCGGUCCUGCUGUAGGUCCAGCGGCUCUCGCUGGACCUAUCGCAGCUCCAACCCUGAUCGCUGGCCCAUCCGGUAGCAUCAGUGCUGGACACAGUGGAUUAGGCGGUAUCAUUCGUGGAUAUGCGUCUGGACAUUGGUAA